AUGGCUAAACGCACAAAGGGCUUGACGGCCUCUUCCAAGGCUGUGGACCCCACACUCGACGCUCUGUUUGCGGCCAGCGCUGGUCCUACCAAGGCUCCCGCCAAGUCAAGAUACUCGGCAUUGUUGGAACAGAAGCCGCGAGAAGCACCCCAACCAAAGGUAGUCUUGGAGGAGGAGAACGGUGAAGAAGACGACGAGGACGACGAAGUGCUUUCGGAAAUCAGUGAGGAGCUGAGCUAUGGGGAGGAUGAUGAGGAUGAGGACGAGGAUGAGCAAGACUCCGAGGCUGAAGAGCAAGAGGACAGCGAAGGGGAUGAAGACGACGCAGAGAGUGCAGACGAGCCCAUGACAGAUGCGCCAGCCGAACUCGAUGCUAUUAUCGAUGCCGCCGAAGGCAAAGAAAAGAAGGACCGGAAACGAAAGCGCAAGAAUGAUAAUGACGACCUCGAGGGCAACUACCUGAGCAAAGUUGCUGCAGAGGAGGAGGCUGAGCGUGCGGGCAAGCGACAGAAGAACGAUGGCUCAAAAGAAGACGGUGAGAAGGCUGAGGGUGAGGACGACGACGCCAGCGGCGACGAGAGCGACAUCCCCGUCCACGAGACACUGGCCAAGGAAGACAAGUCCUCGGAUCUGGAAAAGGCAGCUCGGACAGUCUUCCUUGCCAACGUUUCCACCGAAGCUAUAUCCUCCAAGACGGCCAAGAAGACACUCAUGGCCCAUCUCUCUUCCAUCUUGGAAAAGGAUGCAUCUCCACCGCAGACCAUUGAGUCCAUUCGCUUCCGCUCUGUCGCAUUCGCAGGCGGCUCUCUGCCAAAGCGUGCGGCCUACAUCACCAAGUCGCUGAUGGACGCCACAACCAAGUCGGCCAAUGCCUAUGUCGUGUACUCGACUAUCGCGGCUGCCCGGGAGGCCGUCGCAAAGCUCAAUGGCACCCAGGUGCUUGACCGACACCUGAGGGUGGACAGUGUUGCUCACCCCAGUCCCACAGACCACCGCCGAUGCGUGUUUGUUGGCAACUUGGGAUUCGUUGAUGAUGAGACUAUCCUCGCCACCAACGCCGACGGAGAUACUACACAGAAGAAGCGAAACAAGACUCCGUCCGAUGUUGAGGAGGGCCUAUGGCGCACCUUUAGCACUCAGGGCAGGGUCGAAAAUGUCCGAGUUGUCCGAGACUCCAAGACUCGCGUGGGCAAGGGCAUCGCCUAUGUGCAGUUUUAUGACGCCAAUGAUGUCGAGGCCGCACUGCUCCUUGAUGACAAGAAGUUCCCGCCCAUGCUCCCCCGCAAGCUGCGUGUUACUCGAGCCAAGGAUCCUCGCAAGACGGCCCUCGCUCAGGAGCGAGCCAAGGCCAAGGCUGUGGCCACCAACGGCGCACCCAAGAGCAUGAAGUACAAGCCCAAGGCGACACCUGAAGAGCAGUCCAUGGCUGGCCGCACAAGCAAGCUCCUCGGCCGCUCCGCCGCCAUCCAGCAGCGUCACGGAAAGCGUCCCUCAAAGGGCUCUUCCGAAGAGGUUCCUAACCCCCUUGACGAGAUCAAGACCCCAGAACAGGUCAUCUUUGAAGGCCGACGUGCCACAUCCAGGGACGCUCUGCCCAAGGACCUCAAGUUUGGCAAGAAGGGCAAGAACAAGAGCAAGCCCAAGGCCAAGGGAGGCAAGCCGCAAAAUCGAAGCGCUAGGAGAGCUGCCGAGUGGAAGAAGAAGAGCUGA